CUUCUGGUGCCCAAUGUCAGAAUUGUGAGAGUACCUGGGCUUCCUGAAGCCAGUAACUCUCGAGUAUAUCGGAAACAAUCCAAGGUCGAUGAUCACUUGCCAUGAAAGCCUGCUAGCAUCAUCGUAAAGUCGCCAUGGUUUCGGCUUACGGUGGCCUUGUUCGCUGGCUACUUGCAAUAUGCCUCACCCUGCCAUUUCUGCUACUCCCCGCAGGAGCGUACAAGUCGGUCUCGGAUGAGACCUUGAAAGCCCUGCCACGACCAAAUAGCGACUUCGAUAUCCACAACGGAGCACUUCUGGCGCCCAUCCUGCGGCCCCGUGUCCCUGGCACCCCCGGCUCCACGGCGGUGCUCAAUCACUUUGUGGAUUUCUUCCGCACAUCUCUGCCAAACUGGAAGAUCGAGUUCCAGAACUCUACGUCAAAAACGCCCUUCUCCCGUGGCAAGGAGGUUCCGUUCGUCAACUUCAUCGCGUCGCGCGAUCCUCCUUGGGCCGCGGUGGGCGACGUGGGCAGACUGACGCUCGUCGCACACUAUGACAGCAAAUACAAACCGGAGGGUUUCAUCGGGGCCACCGAUAGCGCGGCCCCGUGCGCGAUCAUCAUGCACGCGAUGCGCAGCAUCGACGCGGCCCUGUCCAAGAAGUGGGAAGCUAUGCAGGCGCAGGGCCGAACAGACGCAACCCUGGAAGACCAAAAGGGUAUACAGGUGCUCUUCCUGGACGGCGAGGAGGCAUUCGGUCUCUGGACGGACACCGACUCGCUAUAUGGCGCGCGCUCCCUCGCAGAGCACUGGGACUCACAAGUCCACCCGGCCAUGUCGGUCUACAAGACUCCGCUCUCGUCCAUCUCGCUCUUUGUCCUGCUCGAUCUACUGGGUAGCAAGGACCCCUACAUCCAGUCCUACUUCGCGACGACGCACUGGGCCUACCAGAAACUGGCCGCGCUCGAGAAGCGGUUCCGCGAUCUGAAGCAAUUCAAGUCUUUCUCAGGGGACGCGUCCGAACGGCAGUGGUUCGCUGACGGCGCGAAGAACGAGCAUCAGCUGACGACCGUCCAUGGCAUACAAGAUGACCAUAUCCCGUUCCUUGCGCGCGGCGUGGAAAUUCUACACGUAAUCGAUGCUUCGCCUAUGACGGGGUUCCCCAGUGUCUGGCACUCGUUGGAUGACGACGGGGAACAUCUAGAUCUGGACACGGUGGAAGACUGGAGCAUGCUCUUUACCGCAUUUGCAGCCGAGUGGAUGGAACUGGAGGGCUUCAUGCCCGGCAGCGAGGCGCAACACAAGGAGAAGCGAUCUCAUCCGGAGAGGAAGACUGAAUUGUAAGCCAGGCCUUUACGACCUUGUUGUAUCACAAUCUAUGUUACACAAUGUACUGUCCGUGGAUUGCUACUGAAUUGAGCUGCGCUGACGUUCAAUUGGUCUGCCUAGCAAUUAAGGUCGGCGAUUUAUACAUAUGUCAACAGUCCAUCCUGUAACUAAGGAGCUUUGGGUGAUAUUCUAUACCUCAAUCAAUCAAUUUCGCAGCUGG